CUUCGGUCGCCUCCUGUCAUCCACGCCGCCGCAGGAGCGUCCGUGGAGCUGUUGAGGCAGCGGCUGCUCGCUUUGUGCGUCCUCCGUCGCCCACCUGUGCCGCUGAUGGAGCAGACGCUGCGUUCCAUGGAAUAAUUCAUACACUGUUGCGUGCGUCGUCCUCUCGGCGGAUUGGCUUUUUUUUUGCAUCACUGGGCGCCCAAAGUUGUGAUUAUGCCUCCGCGCAGCGUUUGGGAUUGGUAAUAUCCUUCUGUGCGAGGGUGAAGCCUCAUUCGCAUGUGAGUGAACAAAACCCUACCGCCUCCGGGACGUGGACAAAACAUGGACAGUUUUUUCUAAUACAUUCACCAUGGGAUUAUUACAGCUAUUUCUGCUUCUCGGCACAUUUUGCGCCUCCUCAGUUGCAGGCUUCGGGGUUGACCCUGCCCUGCGCAUCAGCGUGUUUGAUGAAUUGACCCUUGGAGAAGGCUUUGAUGGCGUUACUCAGGUCCAGGGCUUCCACAGCGAGUCCAGAGCUUUCCACUUCCAAGGGUCUUCCAGGGAAGUGAAGGCUCCUGUUGAGGUCUCAGAGCAAAUGAUGCAGAAGCUGAGAGGCAAGAAUGAGUUUACCGUGUUGGUGACCCUGAAACAGGAUCACCUCAACUCUGGGGUCAUCCUCUCCAUCCACCAUUCUGAGCACAGGUUCCUGGAGCUGGAGAGCAGUGGCCAGCGCAGCGAGGUGCGUCUUCAUUAUCGUACAAAAGGCCAGCAGGCCCACACUGAGGUGUUCCCCUACAGCCUGGCUGAUGACCAGUGGCACAAGGUCUCCGUGGCCAUCAGUGCCUCUCAUGUCAUACUUCACGUCGACUGCAACAGGAUCUAUGAGCGGGUGGUGGAAGCCCCCUUCAUGGACAUCCCCGAGGACGCUUCCUUCUGGCUGGGGCAGAGAAACGCCGCUCAUGGCUUCUUUAAGGGAGUGAUGCAGGAUGUGGAGAUCCUGGUGAUGCCACAGGGUUACAUCUCACAGUGCCCAGACCUGAACAGAACUUGCCCAACCUGCAAUGAUUUCCAUGGACUUGUACAGAAAAUCAUGGAACUACAAGAUAUACUUGCUAAAACGUCCAGCAAGCUGUCCAGGGCGGAGGAGAAGAUGAAUGGGCUGGAUGGCUGCUAUUGUGAGAGAACCUGCAGCGUCAAGGGGGUCGUCUACAGGGAGGACGAGGGCUGGACAGAUGGCUGCAGGAACUGCACGUGCACGAAUGGCAGCGUGCAAUGCGAGGCCGUCUCCUGUCCUCCCCCUCAGUGCCCGGCGGGCACGGCGCCUGCCUACGUAAAGGGCGCGUGCUGCAAGGAGUGCCAGCCUGUUUGCCUGUUCGGUGGAAGGGAGCUGGUGGAGGGGGAUCAGAAGGCCGUGCGUGACUCCGCUGGCAGGUGCCUGCUGUUUGAAUGCAGAGACAGGACCCUGCACCGAGUGGUCCCCAGCGAGCCUUGUCCCGAACUCAACUGUCCGGAGGCGGAGCAGAUCGCGUUGAGUGACCGAUGCUGUAAAGUCUGUAGAGGUCAUGACUUCUGCUCAGAGGGCCACAGCUGCGUGGAGCACUCCGACUGUGUGAACCUGGAGGCAGGAGACUGCUGUGUUUGUAAAGAUGGCUUCCGCCCACUGAGAGAUGAUAAUGCUUACUGUGAAGAUAUUGAUGAGUGCGCCGAAGGGAAGCACUACUGCAGAGAAAACACCAUGUGUGUUAACACCCCUGGCUCCUUCAUGUGCAUCUGCCACACAGGCUACAUCAGGAUCGAUGACUAUUCCUGCACAGAACACGACGAAUGCCUCAGUGGACUCCACAACUGCGAUGAGAACGCGUUGUGCUUCAACAUGGUUGGAGGCCACAGCUGCUCCUGUAAACCCGGCUACACCGGUAAUGGGACCGUCUGCAAAGCCAUGUGCGACGGAUUGUGCCAGAACGGGGGAACCUGCGUGUCACCCAACAACUGUGUUUGCCAACAAGGAUUUACUGGGAAGAGGUGUGAGACAGAUAUCGACGAGUGUGUGGACGGCUUCGUCGAGUGCGAUAGUAAGUCCACUUGUGUCAACUUGCCCGGCUGGUACCACUGUGAGUGCCGCGACGGUUACCAUGACAACGGCUUGUUUUCCGCCAAUGGGGAGUCGUGUGUAGAUAUUAAUGAAUGCAAGACAGGGAGGAACACCUGUGCCAACGACACCGUGUGCUUCAACCUGGAAGGAGGCUACGACUGCCGGUGCCCCCACGGGCACAACUGCACCGGCGACUGUAUCCAUGACAACAAGGUGAAGCACAGCGGGCAGAUCUGGGUGCUGGACAGCGAUAGGUGCUCAGUGUGCUCCUGCCAGGCCGGCCAGGUCAUGUGUCGCCGGAUGGUGUGCGACUGCGACAACCCCAGCGCCGACCUCUUCUGCUGCCCCGAGUGCGACCCGCGCCUCAGCAGCCAGUGUCUGCACCAGAACGGCCUGCUCACCUACGGCAGCGGCGACACCUGGGUGGAGAACUGCCAGCAGUGCCAGUGCCUGCAGGGGCAGGUGGACUGCUGGCCGCUGCCGUGUCCGCCCGUGGACUGCGAGUUCACGCUGGUGCCCGAGGGCGAGUGCUGCCCCCGCUGCGUCACGGACCCCUGCCAGGCGGACACCAUCCGCAACGACAUCACCAAGACGUGCACGGACGAGCACGGCAUCUCGCGCUUCAGCGGCUCCUCCUGGAUCAAACACGGCACCGAGUGCACCCUGUGCCAGUGCAAGAACGGACACAUCUGUUGCUCAGUGGACCCCAUGUGCCUUUAGUCCCGGCAGAGCUGAAGGCACCUGUACAGUGUUCUCCAUGUCAAAAAGAAAAAAAAAUCACCACCAACCAUGUGUCUCUUCACCGUCCUCUCACAGCUGUGGGUCAAAUAGUGUUUGCAUUGUCAGGACUUGUCUCAGCCUGCUAAUCCAGAUGGAUGGCGUUUACCAAUCAGGAUAAUCUCCGUAAUGUCGCAUUGUCCAAGACAGACAACUGUACAAAAUCAACCUCCAGGUGCUUUGUGCCCAUUUCUACGAGGCUGUGUUCUGUUACGGUAAACGGCGCCGAUCCGGUGUCUCAUGCACGAUUUAGAGUUGUUUGCAAAUACUGCGUGACCUGCGUCUGCCUCCUCGACUCCUCUUUAUACCAAAUGCGCCCACGUCGGUCCAAACAGACGGUGGACUACGGCCUCCUUGUUCUGUCUCAUCACCUAGAGUGAGCCUUUAUGGGCCUCACGUCCCCCACGUCUCACUCAUCUCUACAUGACGCUGUAAGAUAUUACUAUUCCUGGCAUGACUGUGCUUGAUGUCCAAGACGUUUUUGCUAAUUUCUAAAUAAAUAAUGAUUAUGACGAUAAGUUACAGUAGGUAGAGUGAAGGCAGUUAGCAUAAGGUUCCGUUGCCACAUUUGAGUCGUCUAUAUUAUGUGGUGCUUUGUAGCGGUUUUCUUUCAUUUCUCUUUUAUGGAAUUUUACUUUUAAAGCUUGUUCUCGUGUAAUAGUGAAAUAAAGUAUUUCCAUUUACAUUUAA